UGUAAUUUAAAUAAACUAUUUUUUAUAUCAAUAUUUCUAUUUUUAAUAGCUGAAGAUGAUGAUCCUAUUGGAAGUGGUCGUAUAUCUGCCAGAACUACAUUAACCGCUCCAACAGCCAAAGACAAACGCAAAAUUUUCUUUAAAAAACAAGAAACCACACCGCCUUAUGAUGUCGUACCAUCAAUGAGACCUGUUGUACUUGUUGGGCCUUCUCUAAAAGGAUACGAAGUGACCGAUAUGAUGCAAAAAGCCCUGUUCGACUUUUUGAAACACCGUUUUGAAGGACGAAUAAUUAUUACACGUGUAAUGGCCGAUAUAUCCUUGGCUAAACGAUCUCUUCUCAAUAACCCCUCAAAAAGAACAAUCAUCGAAAGUAAACCUGGUUCUAACUCAAGAACAAAUAUAAUGGCUGACGUACAGCAGGAAAUAGAACGGAUUUUCGAACUCGCACGAACAUUGCAGCUUGUCGUUUUGGACUGUGAUACUAUCAAUCAUCCAUCUCAAUUAGCGAAAACUUCUUUGGCGCCAACCAUAGUUUACUUAAAAGUCUCAUCGCCUAAAGUACUCCAAAGGUUAAUCAAGUCCCGGGGUAAAUCUCAGACCCGACACCUGAACGUGCAGAUGGUGGCUUCUGAGAAGUUGGCCCAAUGUCCGCCAGAGAUGUUCGACGUGAUAUUGGACGAGAACCAGCUAGAUGAAGCGUGCGAACACAUAUCCGAAUACUUGGAAGCAUAUUGGCGCGCGACCCACCCGCCAGUCACGCCCGACCCCAACGAACAACAACUGUUAACCAGGCCGAUUAGGAGCUCGCCGAGCAUGGACAUGCCGAUCAUGUCGUCGAUGAUGAACAACUAUCAACCGUCAGAUUACCAAUCGAUGGAUCGCAUGCCACCGCGUCUCGAGCGCAUGCGCACCACCGAGUACGACGACUACGAGCUCAGCGAUCACGACAGCAUGGUGUACGUACCGCCGGCCAUCGGGUACCAGUCGAAACAAUCUCAGCAUCACAAGCAACAGCAACAACAGCAGCAGCAUCAUCAACAGCAGCAGCAUCACCAUCAGCAGCAACAGCAUCACCAACAGCAGCAACACCAUCCGCAGCAGCAGCAGCAGCAGCACUAUCAACAACAGAAACAGCAACAGCAGCUGCAGCCGCAGCACUAUCAGCAACAGCAACAGCAACAGCAGCACUAUCAGCAACAGCAACCGCCGCCCAUGCGGCGGCAGCACAGCGUGUCGUUCGAACGGGGCCAGUCGCAACGCGGCGGACAGCCUCGCCCGGGCAGCAGCUCGCACAACGUGCACCACCAGCUGUCGUACCAGCUCAGCUCGCAGACCGACAUGCUGACGCACAGCCCGCCGGAGAACUCGUCCGACCAUCUCAUGUCGUACAUGUCGCCCACGCUCAGACCGUCGUCGUCCACGUGGCGCGGCAACGUAAACAUUUAGUACAAACAGACGGAAUUUUAAUCACAGCGCGCUCGACGUUCGGUCGACCGACGGCGAUCGUCAGACGUGUAACGAUCGCGCACAUAACGGACGGUGGCGCGACGCGCUCAUUAAUAAUAAUAAUAUUGUUGCAGGCGCGUUCCGUGGCUGCAGUGCGCGCCGCCGUUGUCGUUAUCGCGCGUUUAGUUAUCGUCGUUUAGCUAUCGUCGUCGCGAUAAUCGUCGUUUGCGUCCCGUCGUCGUCGGCGCGGCUGUCAUUAAUAAUUGCCGUAAACAAAACAAAUGUCAUGUAAAACCGCCCCGUUUAGGAGGGUAUAUCAUUGCGAUAUAUUAUUAUUAUUAUUAUUAUUAUUAUUAUUAUUAUUAUUAUUAUUAUUAUAUUAUAUAAUAUACAUACCUACCUUAUAGUUGUAUUAUAUAGUCAACGCGUCUCGUAGAUGAUAAAGGAACGGGAUGAUGACGUGAUAGGGGCCGUACGAUAAUAAUAUGUAAAUAAUUGGAUAAGACACUUCCGUCCGUCUUCGACGUCUGCGCUGAUCCCCCUUGAAACGAUGCCGACAGUUAAUAUGUCUCUCGGACGGGGAAAAAAUGUGGCCUUAUAUAUUUCAGCUGCUUGUCAUUCGAAACGAAAAUUCGGGUCGUGUCUUAUUCGGUAAUUUUUUUAAUAUUUCAUAUUGAAAUAUUUAUAUUAAUAUUUUUCGACUCCUACGAGAUCCCCCUCCCCUUACGCGCGUCUAUUCCGCGAUGAUUAUUUCCGUUUUAUUUAGCCCCAUAGCCACCCAUAUGUAUACUCGAUUGAAAAUGUCCUAUUUACGAGUUAUUUUAUUGUCUACGGAUAAAACCCUAAAUACUUAUCGUUCGUUUCUCGUGUAGUAAGCAUGGAUAAUAAAUGCAUUAUUACAUCGACUAUACAGUGAUAAGCAUCGAUAUCCUUUAUUAUCUAGGAGACGAGUCGCUGCUCUGGUAUAUGCCCACACAUAGACUUGUUCAUGACCUAUAAUCGUGUAAUAAGUAUAUGUGUAAGUCUAUGGAGGUCUAUACUUUGCGCGAUAGUUAAUAAUAAUAUGAUGUAUGUGUAAAAAUAUAUUAUUAUUAUAAUUUAGUAAAUACUUCGUUAAUAUUACAUUGAACUUCAAUUGCCUUAAUUGGACCAACAUUAUACUGAGUGCUUAUUAUAAUUAUUAUUAUUUAUAAUCGUAUUUCGUAUAUUAACUUUAUGACGAAUAAAUCUGAUUACGUUUAUUCGAACGAUUUCAAUACUUAGUUAUAAAGUUUAAUUGUAGCGUAUAAUUAAUACAAAUAUUAUUAUAAAAUUAAAUUUAAUUGCUAUUUUUUAUCCGGUAAAUUAACGCCUGCCACUAGACUAUAUUAAUGUAGAAAAAAAUAAUAUCUUAAUUAUGAUACUCUCGACAUUUAUUAUAAGGUAGCAAUUAUUACUCUUGUGAAACAUGACGUUUAGUGUUUUCAAUAGUUUGUAUAGUUUCUUAGAAUAUAGGUAUACUGCUAAUAUACAUAACGGGUAAUAAACUAAUAACUAAUUUAAGGAUAAUUGUUUUUCAUAAUGCUUGCCCUCGUUUAUUUACAUUAAACGUGAUAAAAUUAUCAAUAUUAAACUUAUCGCCCUUGUUUGUUUCUCUUUUUAUUUGAUUAUAUAGUAUUGUUUUUUUAGUAUACAACUUUCUUUUAAAUUUAGGUUCGUAAAUUAUUUUUUUUUAUCGUUAUUUCGCUAAAUUUGUUUAUUUAUGUUUUUUUUUUCAUUUUUAAAUCCGUAAACGGUGUUAAAAAACAACGGUUUUCAGCCUAUAUUCAAAACUGUUGUUUUUUUUUAAAUGUUUCCAAAAAUAUUAUGACACACAUUGUAAACAGGGUCUUUCCGAAUUUCACGUUAUAGAAAAACAAUGGGUAAUGCUUACUUAAUAGAGCAUUAUGCAAUCCCCUCAAUUUUUGUAACCUGAAAUUUGGAAAUCACUGUGUAUAAAAUAUAAAUAUGAUUUAAUUAUUAAAUUAGAUUGCUUAUUGUUUCCCAUAAUAUAUUAUAAUUAAUUAACGGUCCUAUGAUUUUCUAUCUCAAAGUUGUAAUAUCCUAUUAGAGAGAUGGAAAUUAAACAUUAAUUGUGUAUAAUAUAUAUAUUAUAUUAUAAUCCGGUUUUAUUUACUUAUAUUAUUAUGAACUAUUAUAUUGUAAUAAUAAUUACUCUUAUUAUACCAUUAAUUUAAAUUUUCAUUUUUUUUCUAAUAUUUUUAUCGGACAAUUGGAAGUAAUUAAUAAUGAUUUUUAUUAAGUCAAUUUUAAAAUAAAAUUAAACGAAAAAUAAUUAUAAUAAUAAAAAUAGGUAUAGUAAGUAUCUACUGUUAUUGUUACUCUUGAGAAGACUUUCCGCUUUAAAUAGACCAAUUUUUUUUUCUUUCAUUGGCGGUUCACACAUAUAAUACUUACUUUUAAUGCUUAUUUAUAUACAUUUAUUUCGUUUACCGUUUAUGAAUAUUAUUGUCGUGGUCGUUGUAUGUAUAGUUGCUUUUGUAAUAAUAUUUUCGUCUUAAUUUUACUUCCAUGAUAUCUAAACAUCAUUACUCAUUAUCACAACAUCCAAAGAUACUUGUAACUUAUUAGUAAUUAAUAAUGAUACCAACUAUAGCCUACCAUGGUUUCAUCCAUAUAUUAUUCAGAUUUCCAUAUCCAACCGACCACUGACACUUUUGAACAUUUUAUCCUUCAUAUUUCUAAGAACAAAAGGAUUUUUUUUUUUUUUAUAUAAGACAUUUUCUCAAGUACCUAUUAUAGGACAUCGUGAUCUAGAGAUAAUAUAAUAUACUCGACUGCAACGUGUGCCUACCACUGUGUAUGAUGAUACUGAAUUUUUAUAAUUCGAUUUACUAUUGAAUUUUUAAAUAAAAAUAAUUUUACUUAAUGCCUACAAACAAUGGCACGUACACGUGACAAACGCAGAUAUUACAAAUGUAAUUUUUUGUAUACUUUUUACAUGAAAUAUCAUAAUAAUGUUACUAUUUUGAAUUUUUCUAAAUGCUUUGCUUUUUAAUAAUGACUAUAUUAUAUAAAUACAGAAUUCGAUGACCAUACGUAUAUGUAUAUUGUACAUGCGUAACAAAACAUAACUUUUAAAACGAUAUUAAUACGCCUACUGACGAUUUCACAUUUUGACAUUUUAAUAAUUUACAAUAUAUGGGAUCAAAAGAAGGGACGCCAGGCCAUCCUGUAGCUAUAUAUAAUAUACGCAAUCAUAUUGCGACGAUAUUACAAACAUUCGAUCUACUCCGUAUCCGGUGACUGAGUGGAACGGAUGUUUUUUUUUUAUUUUAUUAUAUUAUUAUACUGAUUUGACCGUUUUAAUGUCAAAAGUAUUUAUUAUUAGUCGCAUCGACUCGUUAUUCGUGAAUAAAUUCGAUACGUUUGAAAUUAACCAUAUUAUAUAAUGCACCACUUGUAGUUUUAUUAUAAUUGCAUAUUAUUAUUAUCAUUAUCAUUAUUAUUAUUAUUAUUAUUAUUAUUAUUAUUAUUAUUAUAGUGACUAAAUUGACACACGCUUGCCUAUGUGCCUAAUGGUUUUGUUGAUACGUUGUUCCGUGAUGAGAGUUCCUUUCGGGUUUAUAAUGUAUUUUCAUUAAUUUUUAAACACCUUUUAUACACGAGUAAAUAUUUUAUCGUAUAAAUAAUUUAUUUAUCAAUCGUAUUUUUAUAUACGUUGAACAAAAAUAAAUAAUUUCGAGGAAUAUCUUCGUGUAUAAGUACUCGAUUCCUUAUAUACUUACUAUGAUUUUUUUUCAAAAUACGUAUCGAAUGAGAUGUUUUCUGUAUUAUUAUGUAGCUCUAUGUGUUUGAUAUUUUUCCUUAUUAUUAUUGUUAUUUUAUGGAUCGCGAGUACCGAUUGAGUGUGACAAAAUAUGAUCAUCAUAAUAAUUAUGUGUACGUUUUGUAGUGGCUGACAUAAUAAUAUAAUAUGAUCAUCGUCGUGUCAUUAUAUUUGUAUAACAUAUUAUUAUUAUAGAAUAUCAUAGUGUUUUAGUGUGUGGAUAUAUUGUACUUCGAUUGUUCGACAUAGUUGGCGUAAUAUUUAUGUAUCAUAUAAUACGAAGAAUACAUAAAUAUAUAUACGACUCGAGUUCGUUAUUCUUUUCCUUUUUUUUAUGCUUUUGUCUUUUUUGUUUUCUAUUUUAUUUAUUUAAUUAUUUUUGUUCAUUUUAAGAAAGUCCUACCGAAAACCAGGUACUUUUUCAAUGAUAAUUAUAUUAUAUAUUAUACAGUAAAAUAUAACUACUACAGAUUAUAAUCCGUAAUAUAUUAAUUAGAUAAGGAACUCUGAAUAAAAUGAAUACAAAAUAAUUAAAAAUUGUCUGCCAUAAUUUUAGUUGUUUUAUUUUUAUUUUAAAUGAUUAAUUCAAAGACUAUUACAUUUUGUGCUUUUUGUGUAGACUUUGAUUUCCCGAUAUUCUAUAAUUUAAUUAAAGGUUUUGGUUAGAUUCAGAUUUUCAAAAAAUAUAAAUAACCUCAUGUUAAAUAAGGUUCAUUGAAAACUGGUAUUUAACGGAACCGUUUUUUAAUUUUUAUUAUCUGUUUAUACAUAAACAAAUUAAAAAGUAAUUGACCAUUUGAAUUUUUAUGAUUUCCCGAGGAAUAAACGAAUAUAUAUAACAGUUUUUAAAGCACUCCUUAUUAGUGGUAUUAGUGGUAUUAAAAACAAAAUAAUAAUAAAUUGUAUCGAUAUUAUUUGUAUAAAAAUAUUUAGAUUCUGUGCCUUACUUUUUAAAGAUUUUUGGAUACCUGUAGUUCCUAGAAGGUAUUAUAUACAUAAUUUAUUGUUAAAAUUAUAUACUUGUCGAUUUGCCAACUGAGAAAAUGGUGAAACAAGCUUUAUUUUAGGACACGAAUUUCUAUUAUCUAGUGUAUACCUACUUAUAUUUCUGUAUACCACAGACUGAAGUAUGCGUUUAUAAAAUCUGUGAAUAGGUGUAAUAUAUUUGAAUAUAAUUUAUAAAAUAUAACCAACAUUUUUCUGUUUAUAUUGUUAUUAUCAAGAAUAAAAGCAUCAACAACUCAGGUUAUUACUUAUUAGCCUACAAAGUUUUACAUGGGUUUUAUGUUAUUCGUAUAGAUAUUGUUUUUUGUAUAACUAAUAGUAAAUAAAAUUUAAGAUUUUAAAAGUAUACAUACAUACCUAUUUACUUUUGAAUUAUUAAUUUACAAUAAGUUUAUAAGUCUAAUGGAGUUGUAAAAAUUAUAAAUAUUAUCUGUGAUGGUUUCCUCAAUCCUCUAUGUUGGUUGGGUGACUUAAUAUAUGUACCUAUUAUAUGUAUAUUAUUUAUAUAUAUAUAUGUGUGUUUGUGUCAUUCUUCAUCGUAACCACAUGGAAACUGGCAAUAGCAGAGGAGUGUGGAGAGUUCGAUCAUCAGCAGUACAUGACAAUGAUAACCAAUUGACUGUUUUUAUUGAUUGAAAAUAUGAGAAUAGGUCUAAAGCCAAUUCUAGUUCUGGUGGUUGCAAUAUCUAUUAUGUGGGCUGUUGUUAGUGGGGGUCGCCAUUUUUGGACUAUGUAUUUUUUUUUUUUUUUUGUAUUUUUUAAUUUAUUGUCUGUUAUACAGUCCCAUUGUAAUUGCUACUGUUGGUUGGAGAUUCUGUUGACUAAUUUCAAAAGUCAAAAGAUCUGAAUGGUAAUGACUUUAUUAUUAUUAUUUAUUACCAUUCCGUUUUCAAUAUUACAUGCUAUCCACGAAUUGUUUCCUGUUUUCUUAUUUUUCUGGACUUAUCUUAUCUCGUUAGGUUAUCGAAUUUAAUUUUAUGUGCUGGAAUUCACCCGUGGCUGGUCUACGUUAGAGUCACUUUUUCAUUGAUAAUAUUGUUUAACAUCGUUUUUCAUUACCGUGUCACAAUAUCUGUACGCCCUGUAAUUGUUUGUUGUUUAUUUGAGAUUUUUUUUUCAUAUUAUUAACGAUAUGUGCGAAUAAAGAGUUUCACAACAAAAUGAUUGUAUAUUUGUACCUAAGGACGUGUGUUUUUUAUUUGUGUGUUCUCUAUAAUAUACAAGUUCAUGCUCAAAACGAGGUUAGAUGUGGUCUGUAGUGAAAAAUAAUAUUAAUGAAAAAAAUAAAAAUACUGUCCGAAACACGUAUAAUUUUUACUUUUUAUGGGACUUAUGACAUUCCACAACAUACGCAAUUAAAGGAUAAUUUAUGGAUAUUAUAUUAUAUUAAUUAUAAAAAGGUGUUUAAUAUAUUAUUAUUAUAUUAUUCUUAUUAAUGUGUGUCUACACUAUUAAAGUUGACUUUAUUAUUAUUUUUUUUUUUAUUAUUAUUAUUAUUAUUAUUACCAUUAUUAAUAUUA